GCAUUAAACUUAACUAAACUGCACUUGACUAAACUGCACUAGAACUCUUUUUCUUGGUUUUAACAAAUAUCAAAUUAUCAAACAUAUACCUUUUUUCUUUUCCAUUUUAAGUUUAUAGCCGAUUUAUGGAUUCAGUGAUUCAGUCAUGGUUAUUUUGAAUGAUUCCGAUAGCGAAGAUGAGUUACCGCCGGGAUGGGAAGAGAGAACAACGUUAGAUGGAAACGUUUAUUACGUGAAUCACUACACGAAGGGUACGCAGUGGACGCAUCCUAGAACUGGCCGUAAAAAGAUCGUCAACGGAGAUUUACCUUCUGGAUGGGAGAGAUGUAUAUCAGAUGAUGGUAAAGUUUUGUAUAUCGAUCAUACAAAUCGUACAACAACUUAUACUGAUCCACGAUUAGCAUUUGCUACUGAAUACAGAGAGAUGUCUCAGAUAAUACGACAAAGAUUCGAUGGAAGUAGUACUGCCUUGGCAGUAUUACAUGGCCGAGAUCUACGUAACAAAGUCGCUCUUAUUACAGGAGCUAAUACAGGCAUUGGAUUUGAAACAGCUAGAUCAUUAGCCUUGCAUGGUUGUAAUGUAAUAUUAGCUUGUAGAGAUAUGGAAAAGGCUAAUGAAGCUAUAAAACACAUUCAGCAAGAGAAAGAUACUGCAAAUUGUGUAGCUUUACAAAUGGAUUUAUCAUCAUUGAGCAGUGUACGUGAAGCUGCUGAACAAUUUAAGCAGAAAUUUAAAUGUCUGGACAUUCUUAUAUUAAAUGCAGGCGUGUUUGGACUACCUUAUCAACUUACAAAAGAUGGUUAUGAGACAACGUUUCAAGUUAAUCACUUGUCACAAUUUUAUUUGACGCUUCUAUUGAAACAGACUAUACAGAGCACUAAUAAUCCUAGAAUCAUAGUAGUUUCCAGUGAAUCACAUAGAUUUUCAUCAAUACGAACUGUAGAAGAUCUUCACCAGUCAACUUUGUCUGUACCAGCAUACAAGUAUUGGGCGAUGGCAGCAUACAAUGAAUCAAAGCUCUGUAAUAUUUUAUUCGUGCAGGAACUGGCACGUCAAUGGCUCUUCGUAGGCAUAUUUGCUUGUCAUCCCGGUAACCUAGUGUUUACAUCCUUAUCGCGUCAUUGGUGGCUGUACCGAUUAUUAUACGCCUUAGCACGACCAUUUACAAAAUCAUUGCAACAAGCAGCGAGCACUAUUAUAUUCUGCGCUACUGCUCCUGAAUUAGAGGGUGUAACAGGUAGCUAUUUUAACAACUGUUGCCAUUGCCAACCGUCGAAUGCUGCACUAGAUUCUGCAUUAGCUGCACAAUUGUGGACUCUCAGCCAAGAUAUGAUAACAGAUGUAUUAAAGAGAAAUAAUUAAAUAUAAGAAUUAUUAUUAUCUUAA